AUGGCCUUUAAGGCAUUGCAUGAAGGGUUUGAGAAAUCAUCAUUUAAAGUUAAAGAUGCCCAUGAGAAUGGUUACAAGGAAUUUACUGCAUCAAGCACAAUGAGUCAGCAGCAAAAAAGGGUCAAAUUAGAGGAAAACUAUGAUAUAAUUUCCCAACUCCCCAUGGAUCUUCUUUCGCAGUUGGUGUCCUUGUUGCCACUAAAGGAGGCACUCAAGACCAGUACUUUGUCGAAAACUUGGAAGACGAUAUGGACUACUCACACUGACAUUGUAUGUGAUAUCAGUAGUGUACUUGGAGUCUUGCGUGACGAAUCUGGAAACAUAUCUUUGAAUGUAAGAGAGGAGCAUAGGAAUCAAUUCAUAGAACGUGUCUGUCACUUGAUGCAGCAGCGUUUGAUGGGUCCUAAUAUGAGAUCAAUAGUGAUCAGCUUUCCUCUCUCUCGAAAAGAUGGUCCUCAUGUUGCAAGAUGGGUGGGUGAUGCCGUCAUGAAGGGAGUUCAAACAAUCAUUCUGAAUUUAAAUGGAGGUUCUGGUAUUGUUUCGUUUCCUUUCUCGAUUCUUCGUGCCCCUGGUCAAGCUAGUAAAGUGAGGCAACUGGGGUUAAACUCGUGUAGCCUUAAAUCUCUUUCGGUUAGAAAUAGGACUCUUGAUUCGCUUGUCAACAUUCAUUUGCAAAGUGUGAAUCUCACUGAUAAGCAAAUGGAUGUUAUACUUAGCAAGUGCUUUUUUCUAGAGAGUUUGAUUUUGAGGAAGUGUGAUAAGUUGGCAAGAUUUAAGCUCAGUCGAAACCCUAGGUUGAAAUUAUUGGAUAUCAGAUCCUGUUUGAGAUUGAAGAGUAUUGAGCUUUAUGCCGAGAGCCUUCAAAUUCUGGAAUUCGACGGUCUAUUAGACCACUUUUCGUUUGAUCACGUGCCGAAGCUGGUUCAGCUGUUUGCAUGUGUAUAUGGAGAGAAAUUUGUACAAUUUUCAACUUAUGCCCUCUCCAGGAUUGCUGUUGAUGCACCUCUACUACAGACUCUCACCCUACAAGCUCGCCGGGUACUGCCCCUGCCAAAGGGAGUAUUUACAUUUACUAACAUAAAGUAUUUGGUACUUAAACUUAAUCCAUGUGAUGGUGAAGACGAGCUCGACUGGAUUCGCUACAUCUUGAAGGCAUUUCCUUCUUUGAACAGACUAGAAAUAGAUUUUUCACUAGUCGUCCCAAGGAACGCCGGAUCGACCAACCAGAGUCAUAGAGGACUAGCUGAAGUGAGUCAUGAGAAUCUCAGAGAAUUAGAGGUGACGGGGUAUUAUGGUGGCCCAGGCCAGGUUGAGGCUGUGAAGCAUCUGGUUGAUAGGGCAUUCAAGCUUGAUCUUCUUGUAAUCAGUUCACCGGCGAAAUUGUACGUCGGUUUGAGAGAGUCCAUCCGUGUGGAUUUACGUAAUGACAACAAAUCAAGCUCAGAGAAGAUUGAAGAACUCCGUUCUGUACUUCCAAACUCCCUUCGCGUUGAUUAUUCUAACGUCUGA